CUGAGCUGGCCUUUCCUUUCAGCGCUGUGUCCCAAUGCGACCAUGUGGCAGCGCCUGGCGGCCCUGCGGCACCUGUGCCACAAGCGGUUUGUGGAGAAGAGCCUGUCUCAGGAAAACUGGGCUGACCACGUGCAGGGCCUGGUGGGGCAGAGCCCGUGGCUUCAGGAGCAGCUGUCUCAGCUGCUGGUCUCCCACGGUGACCCAGUCACGGCCGCCCGGUGUGCCAUGGGCCUCUCACUGCCCGAGGAGCGGCUGCCGGCUGCGGUGGCUGUGGAACUCCGCCAGCUCAGUCUCCAGGGGAGGGCGGCUGAGGCUGACUCGAGGCUGGAGGUGAAGGACGUGAAGGACCGUUACUACCAGCUGCCCAUCCCCAGGGAGAACAUCCACCUCCUGGCCUCGUGGGAAGACCUCACCAGAUAUGAGGGUGCACUCCUGCAGCCCCACCAAGUAGUUGGUGUAGACCUGGAGUGGACACCUGUGUUCGUUGCUGGGGGCCGGCCUCGGCCGUCACUCCUGCAGGUGGCCGUGGAGGGCCGCGUGUUCCUUCUGGACGUCCUGGCACUCUCGCAGCCACCAACAGGGCAGGGAGCCCAGGCCUUCUCCCGGCUGGUGGCCCAGCUCCUCUCGGACCCCUCUAUCACCAAGCUGGGCUACGGGAUGGUGGGGGACCUGCAGAAACUGGGCGCAUCCUGCCCCGCCCUGGCCCAUGUGGAGAAGCAGAUUCUGGGUGGCGUGGACCUGCUGCUGGUGCACAGACAGAUGCGGGUGGCAAACAUGCCAACCUCAGGCACGGACAGGGCCAAGGGGCUGAGAGGCCUGAGCCUCCUGGUGCAGCAGGUGCUGGGCACAGCCCUGGACAAGACGCAGCAGCUGUCCAACUGGGACCGGAGGCCGCUCUGUGAGGAGCAGCUCAUCUAUGCAGCUGCCGAUGCCUACUGCCUGCUGGAGGUGCACCAAGCCCUGUGCAGAGAGCCUGCCCGCUUCCACCUGUCGGAGGACCUGGCCGGGAGCUGGAGGCCCAGGCACACAGAGAGACCAGGGGCUCAGAAGCCACCCGGCUUGCAGAAAGCAUCAGCCUCAGCCGCACCCAGGCAGGGCUUCACCGCAGGUCCUGUGGCUGCUGUGGCUGGAGGGUGCCGCCCCUCAGGUCUCGGCCAGGGCGUUCGCGUGGUGUGUGAACAUCGCUCCUGGGCUGGCACGGUAGCCUCCGCUGUCUGGGUGUGGACGCACGCAUGCUGGGCAAACGUGUGA